AUGGAAAGCGACUCGGAGUUUUCCGACUUUGAAUUUAUCGAGCACCCUUCAGAGUCAGAAGAUACCGCGCCAUCAUCUUCACCCUCUGCCUCCUCCUCUCCCUCCCUUUCACCGACUCUUCCCCCGCAAUCCGAAGAUGAAUCCUUUCUUUUGAUGCCCAAUGAGCUACGAUACGGGCAUCCACCCUGGCAAGGUCACAGGGGCAAAUUGGUAGGCCUCGUUGAUAUGGGAAGCCGACGCGGCGAUCAUGACGGCAGCAACGGAAUCAGAUUCUCCAUCUCGGACCUGUCCGCCCCCCUGGCCAGGAUCAUCCCCACCGUCUUCGUCUAUCGCUCCUCUAUAUCCCUCUACGACGCCCAGUACGAUGACAAGACGGGCGACCACAUCCCCAUCCCGGCCCACGUCAUCACGGCCGUGUGUAACGCCCUGCGCCGCUUCAUGGUCAUCUGCGUCGACUUCGGCGUGGCCAGCGACCAGAUCCACGUCGUCGCAACGGAGGCGGCGCGCGUGGCCCAAAACUCGGUCCAACUCCUGAACGCCAUCAAGGAUGCGACGGGGCUCGAGGUCGAGCUGCUGGAGAAGGAGCAGGAGGGGCAGGUCGGCGCGCUGGGGAUCGCGAGUGGGUUCCUGACCAUGGGGGGGCUGGUGAUGGAUCUGGGCGGCGGGAGCACGCAGAUUACGUGGAUCAUCAGCAAGAACGGGACUAUCAGGACGAGUUCGCAGGGGAGUUUUAGUUUUCCCUAUGGCGCGGCAGCGUUGACGAGGCGGCUUCAGGAGAUCCGGCGGGGGAAGGAGAAGCAGGAGGCUCAGCGCGCCGUGGAUGAGUUCCGCGAGGAGAUGGUGCGGAACUUUAGGGAGGCUUAUGAGAAGCUGGAGAUACCGGAGUCGUUGGUCGAGGAGGCUAGGAGGGAGGGUGGGUUUCGUAUUUAUCUGUCGGGCGGUGGCUUUAGAGGAUGGGGGUAUCUCUUGCUGUAUCUCAACCAGACGCACGGUCGAGAGUAUCCGAUAUCCAUCAUCAACGGGUACACAGUCGGGAGGGAACAGUUCCAGGACACAGAGGCGGUCAAGCAAGUCGCCAAAGCAGCCCAUGAGAUCUUCCGCGUGUCUGACCGGCGGAGAUCCCAGGUUCCCGCCGUUGCCUUCCUGGUCAACGUGCUAGCAGAGGCGAUCCCGCUCGGCAUCAAGGAAGCCCAUUUCUGCCAGGGCGGCGUGAGGGAAGGCUAUCUCUUCCGGCAGCUGUCGUCCUCCGUCCGAAAGCAGGCCCCGCUGGAAGUGGCCUCGCGGAGCUUUGCACCUGGGUCACGGCGGCAGAUCCAGGACCAUAUCCGGAGCAGUAUACCGAAGGCCUCAAAGGACGGGACGAGGCGGUUCCCUCCCGAUUUUGGCGGGCACGUCAUUGAUGCAUUUGCGAAUGUGAUGUACGCACACAUGUUCAUGUCCAAGGAGACGGCUUCCACGGCAGCGUUGUAUUCAACAAGCACGGGCAUCAUGUCGUCGACGCAUGGCGUGUCGCACCAAGAUCGCGCCCGGUUGGCGUUGAUGCUGCAGGCGAGGUAUCGCGGGGAGCUUCCACCGAGGGAGGUCGAGUUCCGGGAGUCGCUCAAAUCCAUCAUCAGCUCUGAGGAUGCGUGGUGGGCGCAGUAUCUAGGGCGCAUUGGGUAUCUGCUAACAUGCCUUUAUCCGACGGGGAAGAUACACGCAUCCAAGCCCAAGGUGCUGCUGUCAGCAGACUGGUCAUGGAAUUUGGGCAAGAAGCAGAACAAGGAAGGGCUCAUCUUGACCGUAUCUGUUGAAAAGGUUGCAAAUGAUCCGUCACGGUUUAAAAAGGUGAUAGACGACAACAUCAAGAAGGUUCGUAAAGCUGGAAAGAAGAAGAAUUGGGCGGGAGACAAAGAUCCGUGGGGGAUGAAGGUUGAGACCAAAGUGACCGAGGAGGGGAUUUUCAGCGGCCCGGAGAGCAAAUAG